AUGGCUGUGAUGAUAGCCACCAAAUUGUGUAGAGCGCCUGUUUUCCAAAAGGCUGCUCUGUUACGUCAGCCACAGGUACAAAAUGUAUACAGAACAUUUGCUGAUGAAGGCAGAGAUGCCUUGGCUAGAGCUGCUCGCAGGAGGCAAGCAACGUUGAAAGAGAAACUUAUGGCUCCAGCUGGUGAUACAGCUUUCAAUCUUGGAAAAGGUGCUUUAGCUGGAGGAUCAGUUCUGGGACUUGGGGCCCUUUGCUACUAUGGUCUUGGAUUAGGAAGUGAUGUUGGGGCUAUUGAAAAACAUCACUUAUGGCCACAAUACGUGAAAGACAGAAUCAAAACCACGUAUAUGUACUUUGGCGGAUCCAUUGUUGUGACUGCAGCUAGUGCUAUGGCAGCAGUUCGAUCUCCUGCUAUAAUGAACAUUGUUAUGAAAAAUGGAUUUUUGGGUAUGGCCAUCAGUCUGGCAGCCAUAAUGGGCACUGGCAUGCUCGCCCAGAGCAUCGAGUACAAGGAGGGUUUCGGCGCCAAGCAGAUGGCCUGGCUGCUGCACACCGGCACCAUAGGGGCCAUGCUGGCGCCCAUGUGCUUCCUCGGGGGGCCGCUGCUGGUCCGCGCCGCUUGGUACACUGCCGGGGUAGUCGGCGGUCUCAGCACCAUUGCGGUAUGUGCCCCCAGCGAAAAGUUCCUCUAUAUGGGCGGUCCUCUGGCCAUGGGACUGGGCGUGGUCUUCGUCUCGUCGAUCGGCACGAUGUUCCUACCUCCGACGACUGCCAUCGGCGCUGGCCUCUAUUCGGUGAGCUUGUACGGCGGGCUGUUGCUGUUCUCCGCUUUCCUGCUGCACGACACCCAGCGGAUCAUUGCUCAGGCGGAGCAGUAUCCGACCAGUCCCGGCUUGUAUGGAGUCAAGCCCUACGAUCCCAUAAAUGCUUCUAUUGGAAUCUAUCUGGAUACCAUCAACAUCUUUAUCAGAAUAGCAACCAUUUUAGCAGGAGGUGGACAGAACAGAAGAAAGUAA